GGACAACAGGUGGAAAGUCAGACUCAGCAGGUCAUUCAGGACUGAUCUGUUGCUGUUGAAGAGGGCGUGUUCAUAUCCGAGUCGCUUCCUUAAUGUUUAGGCAACUACGCACUUCUUCUCUUCCGUCUCAGAACAAGCGGCAGGAAUGGCCUCAGGUGUAGCCAUCAGUGAUGAGGUGGUAACCCACUAUGAAGCAAUCAAGGUGCGCUUCCAAGGUGCCAACGAGAAAGAAAGAUUUAAAUUAGUAAUCAUGCGUUUGAGUGAAGACCAAAAGAGCAUCAUAGUGGACCACGAAAACUGCCUGAGAGUCAAAGAUGUGGAGAACACGGGGGACGUCUUUAAGACGGUCAUCAGUAAGCUUCCUUCCAAAGAGUGCCGCUACGCCCUGUACGACUGCACCUAUAUGAACAAGGAGAGUGUGAAGGAGGACCUGGUCUUCAUCUUUUCUGCCCCUGAGGACGCCCCCAUGAGGAAUAAAAUGGUCUAUGCAAGUUCAAAGUCUGCUGUCAAGGCCAAAAUGCCAGGUUUGAAAUUUGAGUGGCAAAUUAAUGACCACGCAGACAAAGAAGCAUACUGUCUUGUGGAGAAACUUGGUGGGCGGGAUGUUGUAAAGUCUUUGGAGGGGAAAAGUGUGUAAAAUUACACCAAAAAGACCACUGACCCAACACCCCACUAUCAGCCUUUUGGUCAAAACGAAAGAUUUUUACCUCUGAGAAAUGUGUUUUGGGGGAAUAAUUAAUAAUAAACUUUGUAUUUCAUUGGAA